UAAAACACAACAAACGCGCUUUUAUUGACACUUUUAUCCAACAUGCGUGACUGACUUGCGCGCGUGCAUGAUGCCUCAUCAAUCGGCCCAGUUUGACUCGGUGACAGAAACAGAAGACAUCAUGGACUUGCUGCUGGACUUUGAGGAGUGCGUCAAAGACUCACCUGAGUUCAGACUGAAGCUGGAGCUGUUUGAGGCGGAUGUUUCUGUGCUCGAGACACACCUAGACAAGGUGAUGAAGCUGUGCGGUAAGAUGGUGGAGGCGGGACAAGCGUACAAUGCAUCCAAUCAGCUGUUCCUGAGCAGCCUGGCUGAACUCUCCACGUACCACAAGAAGGACGGCGUCAUCACCAACUGUCUAAACCAGUUCAACCAGGGCCUCCAGGAAAUGGUCAGCUUCCACAAUAUGUUGUUUGAUCAAACUCAGAGAGCCAUCAGCCAGCAACUGACCAACCUCUGUACACAGUUCCUGCCCCAGCUGCUGGAGACCAGAAAAGAAUUUGUGCGGAUCGGGGAGGAUCUGGAGACGGCGGCGAUCAAGAACGCUCAGGUGUCUCGCCAUAAAGCUGCUGAUGCCGAGCGGGCGAGUCAUCUGCUGCUCGCCACACGUAAAUGUUACCAACACUUUGCCCUGGACUACUGUCUGCAGCUCAACACCUUCAAGACUCAGCAGAGAAUCGACAUCUUAAACUCAGUGUUCUCCUUCGUCCACGCCCAGUUCACCUUCUUCCACCAAGGCUUCGACCUGCUCAGGGACCUGGAGCCCACCAUGAAAACCAUGGCAACACAGUUGUCGCAGUUAUCCGUCGACUGUGCAGUUAAAAGAAAAGACCUGGAGAACACACACUUGCUGGUGCAGCAGAGAGAUGCUUCAGGAGAGCCAAUGGUCAGCCCCUGUCCCGGGAGUGAUGACAUCAUCCAAGGUUACCUCUUCAAACGCUCCAGGAGGAAAUCUAAAACCUGGAAGAGAUGCUGGUUUUCCAUCAGAGACAACCAACUAAUUUACAGAAAGUCACACAAGGAGGAGGCCCUGGUUCUGUUUGAGGAUCUCAGACUGUGUGCUGUCAAAUCUCUGGAGCACAUCGACCGACGCUUCUGCUUCGAGCUGCUCUCUGUUCAGAAGUGCUGUGCUCUGCAGGCGGACUCUGAGCAGCUGAAGCAAGCGUGGCUCAGCGCUCUGCAGGGCAGCAUCGACCUCGCCUACAGAGAGAGAGCCGACACUCAGCUCACACAGCCUAAAGAGCUCCCCCCUCUCCUGUGUGGUGAGGACCCCUCCCCAGGCCCCCCUGUUCAGAGGGCGCUGGGCGUGGCCCUCAGGGGCCCCGGGAACCUGCACUGCUGCGACUGCGGGGAGGAUGAGCCUCGCUGGUCCUCCAUCAACCUGGGAGUGACCAUGUGCAUCGAGUGCUCUGGCAUACACAGGAGCCUGGGGGUCCACCUGUCCAAGGUGAGAUCUCUCACUCUGGACUCAUGGGAGGCUGAACAGCUGAAGCUGCUGUGUGUGCUGGGGAAUAAUGUCAUGAACCAGAUCUAUGAGGCGCGAUGUUCAGAGGAAGGCCGCGUCAAACCCAGAGCUGACAGCCCACGAGCAGAGAAAGAGAUGUGGAUCAAAGAGAAAUAUGUGGAGAAGAGAUUUGUGCAGAACAGCAGCUCAGGUGGAGCUCACGGCGGUAAGGGCGAAGCUGGGCUGCGUCUGUAUCAGGCAGCAUCGGCAGGAGACCUGGUUGCUAUGGCAGCAGCGUUGGCCCAGGGGGCGGAGGUCAACGGGAGCAUGGCUGAAGAGGGGGGCCGCACGGCUCUGAUAGGAGCUGCUGUCGGGGGUUCGCUGUUGGCCUGCGAGUUCCUGCUGCUGAACGGAGCGAACGUCAACCACCGAGACCUGAGAGGACAGGGAGCGCUGCACGCUGCUGCCACCGCUGGACACACUGGACAGGUGUGUCUGCUGUUGAAACGAGGAGCCAAUCAGUACGCUGUGGACGAGAGAGGACAGGACCCGUUGGCCAUCGCCGUGGAAGCAGCUAACGCUGAUAUUGUCACACUACUGCGGAUGGCCAGGAUGAAUGAAGAGAUGCGAGAUUCUGAAGGAGUCUUUGGAGCUGUGGGAGAUGAUGAGACGUUUCAGGACAUCUUCCGUGACUUUAGCGACAUGGCGUCACAUGACCCGGAGAGGCUCAGCAGACGGCAGUUCAGUCGCAGAGGCGAGGAAGAAGAGGAGGAGGAGAUGGAGGGAGGUGGAGGAGGAGGAGUGGUGAACAGCCAACACAGUGUUGAAAAGACGUCAGAAUGACAAAAAAUGUGACAGCCCAUCACGCUGCAGAACCUCCACUCCAAAACCACGGUUACCACGGUAACAGUUUGAGCGGGCAUCGUUCAUUUUAACCUUUAGAACAGUUGACUGACAGCUUCAUGUGACUGAAAAUCUACAGAACAUUAUGUUAAGUUAUGAUGAUAUAGUGUAGUAUACUCUAUGAUAACAGUGAAAGUACACGUAUACUUUAUGUACAGUUACAGUGGUUGGACGAAGUUUCACCAGUGUUAGCAAUGAUGGAGGAGGAACUUAUAUUCAUUAUCAUUUAAUUUGCAGAUUAUUUUCUCCAUUAAUCGUUUUAGUGAAAUAGCUGUCAGAUUGACUUAAGUAUUCACAUGGCAGGACUUUCUGCAGUUUACCCUAAAAAAAAGACUAACGACAUUACAAUUAUCAAAACAGUUGCUGAUUAAUUUUCAGUGGAUCGAUUAAUAAGUGACUGUAUAACACCAGGUGUGUUAUACAAAGACUGUGUAAAAGAAAGGUGUGGCAGCACGGUGCAUCCUUCAUUUACAUUGAUUGUUAUUUUGGCUCGUGAAAAACAGGCUUAAAACAAAUGUACUUACUGGAAAAAUGAACAGCCGGCUCCUUAGAAAAAGUACAAUUUAAUACUGAACACGACGUUUUAAGGCAACCAUGAUGUUACAGUUAACUCUGAUGAUUUUAUUCAUUCAUUUUAUUGUGUCCAAUAGUUUGGUUUAUGACCAAAAACCUGCAGAAUUUAUGGCAUAGCUAAUAGCAGAGCUAAUGCUAGCAUGCAGAAAAAAAUACUGUUACUUUUGUAUUCAUGUACAAAUUAAACUUUUGACAGGUACAUAGCUGUUUCCCAAUAGUUCCAGUCUUUAUGCUUAGUUGGCAAACCACAACCUAACCAAUUCGUUGAACAAUUCCUUUAAUCAUUUAUUUAAACACAGUUACUGUCAGAGCAACGUUACACAGAACUAUGACCUCAUGCAUGUUUACACUGUGAUGAUGUCACAAAGGGAGGAUGUUACCUGUUCAGACCCCAUCAUGUAUAUGUAGAUUAAUGAAUCUUUGCCCCUUAAACUUUAUUUAAGAAUAUGAAUUACUCUGGUCAGUAAAAAUCACUUCUGUCUCUGUUAAGUCAUCAUGUACAUUUAAUUUCUAAAAUUCCUCUUGUAAUAAUUAUUCUGAGAAAAGACACUGUAUCUGCUGUUUUACCGGGUCUCUAAGGAUGCCAGAUUUAUUGUUAAAUACAAAAUAUGUCAUUUUUGCUGCUAGGGGGUCUUUCAAUCAAAAUGAAAACAAAUAAUGGAGUUAGGUGAUGUCAUGAAGUAGCAUGGGAUCAUUACAGUUUUUCCGGUUAAGAAUUCCUUCAGUGUUCAUCGUUCAGGAGGUUUUUGUCGGGAGCUGAAUUAUCCACAGAGGCCUCCUCCCUCCAAAACAUUUAAACCGAUAAAUCACUGAAUAAAGCAGUUUGAAUUUAUAAAUCAGUGUUUCUCCAACACUGGUCAGCGGACACAGGACUCAGCUGCUGCUAAUGUUUGCUCAGCUUGUGUGUCUGAUAACUUCAGGACCAGAAGUCUAGUGACUAAAACUCCUUACUAGGUUACAGUAUAGAGGAACAAACCACUAAGAUCCAACAAGUUUAGUGUAAAAAAAAGUCUUAAAACUGGAUAAAAGACAGACAACCACUACACUGACACAUGCACAAAGGGGAUAUGACCAAAUGACAUUUGGGAUGUUGUACAGUGAGUAAACAACUCAACAAAAUAUGUCAGUCAGUAGAUAUAGUCAGAUUUAGAUAUUUUAAUGCAGAAAAAUAAAUAAAUUCCAAAUCAGGAUGCAAACCUGCGACCCGUCCGUCGGUCUGUGAAGACCUGAAUGUUUGAUGUUUGAGUGUUUACAAAUUUUAAUUUUAUGUUUUGCUCCCAUCUGGUUUUUUGCCAUUUGUAUAGGAAAGGGACUUAAUGUGUAGCUGCUGCAGAGCUACUUUUAUUAAUGUUUUUACAAAAAUGUUUCAGACCAGUUUGCUGUUUCUUUGAGAUAAUCCAGGUUAAAAAAUUUUUUUUUUUUACAAAUAAAGACUAAUGUGGACCAACAGACUGUAAGAAUAAAGUCCAGCCCUGAAGCAGAACCAGCUACUGUUACAGAACAUCACGCUUUCACUGACCAGUAGUUCUGGAUUCUAAGAGCCUUAGACCUGCUGAAAAACUUCACUGCAUCAUUACAAAGUGGUGGGGGAGCAGGAAGACGUGUGCAUUUUUGCUUCAGGGUGGAUUUUCACUUAAAUCUAGACUGUUACUAAUGUGAUGCUACUGCUUA